AUAAUUUCAUUAAUUUACUGUCAAUAUUUUACAAAUAACGUUACAUUGGCAUACGGAACAAUUCAGACACAUUGCCAUAACAAUAUAUAAGAAGAAGUUACCUUGAGAGAUGUUGACCACAGGAUUUACAGACGUAAGCUAAACUCACUCACUCACUAGUCCAGACAAGUGCGUGGUGUAUAAGAGACUAAUCUAGAACUUACUGGCUUGGUGUAUCUUAGCCUUCUAGCACUAUAAAACCAGCAUUAGUUCCGAUAAAACAGCAACAUGAACAACAAAUAGCGUGAGUGGGCAUUUUACGACUGCUUCGAAUGAUCCACGCGUAAAGGGCAAAUAACUCCAACAUUCUAAGUGUCAAACAUGGCGACCCCCCAAGAAAGUUCACUGCAGUCUGCGUUGGAGGAAUUAACUAUCUAUGACGUUGAUGGGAAAGCUCAACCAGCAAAGACAAUGCUACCAAGGACUGACGAAAGGUUUUCUCUCCUUGUUUUCCUUCGAAAUUUGGCAUGAAUUGCGUGUCAGCUGCGCAUGCAGGCAAUGCUGCCUCUGUCGUCCCUCUUGGUUGACAACGGCGUGCGGCUUAUAUUCAUCACCUCAUCCGAAUCUAAACAAACACAGGAAUUUCUCAAGACCUCGACUGUACCUCUGUGUGGGGAAAUCUUUGAUGAUCCCAGCGUCUCUACCUACAAGGUCUUCAGUCUGAAACGUGGCGUGUUCAGAUCAAUAUUUCGGCCUCUUGUGCGUGGAGUGAAGAAAUACGGGUUUAAGGGCAUUGUUGAAGGGUUCCGCCUGGGAUUAGAGAAAUCUCAUUUGGCAGGAGAUUCCUGGCAGCAGGGUGGUACCGUGCUGCUUGACCGUAGUGGACAGGUGUUGUUCCAGCACACAGAGGAAGAUCCCGCUGACUGGCCAGACAUGAAAGUAGUUCUGCGUUUGGUUGGGAUGUCUGAUACCAGUGUAGACUAUGAGAAGGCUGUGUCUGAUUGGCUGAAAGCAAGAGAUGCUGAGAGAGCUGCCCGAUAGUUACCUCCCUUUGACAUCAUUCAUCUGCUCAAACAUGGCAUACUUUUUAGGCCAGUCGCCUGUUUGCAUCAAUUGGAUGCAUAAUUGUCUUGUUAAGAAUGUAUUCAAUGAAACAACUCCACACCCACCACCCAUUACCUGACCCCACCAACACCUGACCCCCUACUCCGCCCUCACCCCAGCCUCACCAUGGAUGUCAAAUGGCCCAAGCAUUACUUUGAUAUAAAAGACAUUGCUAUAUGAAUGGAGACAUAUCAUUAUUCUUACAAUGGAUAAAUGAAAAAUGUGAUCCAUUUUUACAUUUUGUAUUAUUACAAACAAAAUGUAAUUAUGUAAAUGUGAUACUUUUUUGUACAUGAAAUACUUCUGAAAGUGGUUCUUCCUGUUGCGAUUUGUUCCUAUUUAUGAAGAUGAUUCACUGAAAUCCUUUUGAAGGAAGGAAUUGUUUGAUGACGACACUUCGGAAAAGUGUGAACCAUUUUCAAAACUACAUGUAUUUUUAUAGUCUAUGCAUUAGGUACUGUUUUGAGGGCAGCAUUUCUAGUCUGUUUAUCUUUAUGUAACUGGAUUAUACACUUUGUAAGAAGAUGAUCAUGUUGCAUUUAAGGAAUAAAUAUUUUUCGUUA